CCUAGUCGGCUCGGGGAUAACGUUAUCUGAUGUGUUUGUCUGAAGUCAUUAUUUGAUAGGCCUGCUAUUUCACAAGACUCAAAUAUAUGCCGUUGACAUGUAUACAAGGUUUGUAAUCCGUCUUCCUGUGUUACAAAGUAACUAUGGCUAUUCAUCCCAUUGAUUCUAUUUCUAUGAUUUCACACUGCACUUUUCCAGAGUGACAAACGUUAUAUAGUGUACCAAGAGUUAUUCCUUCAUUUACGGCAUGUAUACAGUACAUAUCAUAUAUACAAUACAGUCAUUGGCUUACGGCCAUACCAGUCGCAAUACGCCCAGUCUCGGAAGCUAAACUGGGUCGGGCCUGUUUAGUACUUGGUUGGUACACUGCCUGGGAAUACCAGGUGCUGUAAAUGUAGUUUUUGAAAAUGUAGUUGUCUUUUUAAAACAUAAAAAUAUUCAUUAAAAAUAUAUUAUACCGUCAAAAUUGCAAAUACAUUCAUCAAAAGAACACGACUGCCUGCAAAAAGAUUAACACAACUAUACUUACCUCUUGAGCGCAAGCAGACAAAACAAAACAUUAGUCGGUCUUUUAAAAAUCCCAUGUUCUUUGCAGUCACUAAAUCCCGAUGAUCAAAACUGGAUGUACAAAGGUGCAGAAUUAUGGGUAAUUACUCUCCUUUUAUCAUUAGAAACACAAUCCACAAUAGAAAUAAGGAAAGCUGAAUACAAUGGAGGAACACAAUUGAUAUGAACGUAUAGGCCUCAAUCCACAGCAAAGCAAAGCUCUAUAUUGGAAGGUCACAUGUUGGAGAUGAUGAUUUAGGAGUAAGCCAAAGUUACUGAGAAGUAACCCAACUUAAUUCUCUGCAUCUCUGAAUGUCCGCAAUAUUAAAUUAGACAGUCCCUGUUUCCUAGAUCUUUCCCUAUAUUGUACAUGGUAUGACACUGAUGGGGUGAUUUUAGAAUUUUGUGCAGUACUAUUUACAGAUUGCUGAAAAGUGAUUUAUUCUCGGGAGAAAAGUGAUUUAUUCUCGGGAUGGAACAUUAGUAAAAUACCGGGAAAAUAUUCCAUCCCAGUCUGGUGGUUAAAAGGUGUUUAGCUGAAACCUUUUAUAUAAUGUUUAUGAAGGUCUUCCCUAGUGUAGUUCCUACUUUUGACAAUUGCCAUGGUAACACAUCAGCAUUUUCUUAUCUCAUCUGGUCUCUCGUCUCUUAUUGCCUCACGGAAGGCGGUUUCCUGGGACUCAUGGGAGCCUGAACCCCAGCAGCCCCCUGCAGCGGAGGAGCCCCGGCAGAACGACGACAAGGAGCCCCAGGAGGCCAAGGCCGGCGGGGAGGAAGACGAGCCUGCAGCCAACCAGGGUGGCUGGGGCGACGAUGGGACUGCGCCCGCCCCGAGCUGGGAUACUGAAUGGACACCGCAGGCUUCUCAGGCAGGCUGGGACCAGGAUGUGACCCAGACUGGGCAGUCUGAGGGUGGCUGGGGCGAUAACGGGGCCCAGGUAGGGGAAGAGGCUGCAGAUGCUGCCACUGAUGGACAGGCAGGCUGGGGUGAUGCGGGUGCCCAGGCUGGGUGGGCAGAGGAGCAGGCUGCAGACGGGCAGGCGGGCUGGGCUGACUCUGGGCAGACUGGCUGGGCUGACUCAGAGCAGAGCACUGACACCGCAGUGGCGGCCGCUGCAGGGGCUGCACCCACUGCGGUGACCAAUGGGUCUUCUGAGGAGUUACCGGCUGGAGUCAUCUACAAGGUCAAAGCCAUGCAUGACUACGCUGCCACCGAUGGAGACGAGCUGGAGAUGAAAGCAGGAGAUGUUGUGCUGGUCCUGGCCUGGGAGAAUCCUGAUGAGCAGGAUGAUGGCUGGCUCAUGGGCGUGAAGGAAUCUCAUUGGCUGGAGAACAAAGACCUCUUGGCAAAAGGCGUCUUCCCUGAGAACUUUACCCAGAAGUUGUGAGGCGGACGUCCAAUCCUCUUUCUCCUCUUCCGUCCAUUGGACCACAGGCCUCACAAGACUGGUCUGAAGGUCCCCCGGUACCAGUUGGAAAUCUGCCAGGAUAGAAACAAUAUGAAACCCACAUCUCAAUCCUUGACCCAUGUAUCAAAUGUGCAGAUCAGCACGAUUUGUUGUUUUUGAUUUGUUACAUUUGACUACGUAAUGUAUGUGUUUUUGCUAUGCUAAUGUGGUCAGUCAUGUAUUUAUGCUAUGCUAAUGUGGCUAGUAGAAACAAAAAGUAUGCUAGUUUCGAUGAAAAGGUAAUGGACUCUUAGGUGCAUUGUAUGAAUGUCAGACUGCUUGAACAAGUUUUAAGAGUUGCAUGAUAAUUUUACUGUACGGUCAUUGACUUUGUAACAACAUCUCACACCCCUAGACAGAGACUGGGACUGCUCUGGUAUCAGCUCUCAGUCCUUCAGUUCUGGCUGUGAUGAGACUAAACAUUUACUGGUACUGGACCAGAACCUUGGGGCACACCACACCAGAUGAAUCAAUGUGACCUGGGUCAUGUUUGGUAGGGUACUCUACAGCAAAACAAAAAUCAGUGUUGUUAUUGGACAGUUCAGGUAGUAUACCUCCACAUUCACCCUACUGGCUCUGUUGUCGUUAACUCUUAAGUCUAUGCUUUGUCUGUAUCAAACUUUAAGUCACUAUUAUUCUAUUUUGCCCAAUGAAAUGCAAAAAGACUGGGUAGCUGUUCUGAAACCAUGUGACCUUAUAUCUGUGACCCGUUUAAUGUCCCAUUGGCCCCUGAGAAGGG